AUGAGUUAAGGGCGGGCGGCCACGUGGUGUUGUAUCGGUGUAGAGUGGAAUGGGGUAGGGCAGGUCGGGUGGGGUGUCUGGGUGGAUCGAUGGCGACGGCAGCGGCACGGCGGGCCGGGCAGGCGGGCAGUGCCGCGGCGGACGCGGGCAGAGCGGCGCGGUCGCGGUACGGUGUCGCGCGUCCGGCACGUCGAGCACGUGCGCGCCCGCCACGCGCCGCCCGCGCACUCCUCUCAGACAUGGACGCGCUCUCCGAUGACGACGAAUACACACGUCGGGACCCGCAGAUUAGUAGUUUGGUGGCGACACGAGGCGACGCGUCCGGCGCUGCCGUGCAGCGCGUGGGCGCAGCCGUGUGUUGCGCGGUCGAGCGGUUCGUGGCCGUGGGGGAGACCAUCGCGGACGACAACCCUGACGUACGCCACAGUAUGGUCCUGGCGUGUAAGGAGGCGCGAGCCGCAGGUCGUGCGAUCGAGCGGGUGUGUGCGGGCGCGGACGGCGCAGGCAUGGUGUCGGCGGCGCGGGCGCUGCUGGCGGCGGUCACGCGCGUGCUGCUGCUCGCCGACAUGGUGGUCGUGCGACAACUGUUGCUAGCCAAGGACAAGAUCCUUCAUCAAUACCGUCAGGUGGCGCGCUCGCUGGACCGCCUCGAGUCCGUGUCCAACUUCGCGGAGUUCGUGCGCGCCUUCACCGAGUUCGGCGGCGGCAUGGUGGAGCUGGCCAGGCUCACGGCGGAGCGGAGAGCGGACCUGAGAGACGAGCGGCGGAGAGCACAGGUCGCCGCCGCGAGGAACGUGCUGGAACGAUCUACGCUUAUGCUACUUACCUCAUCCAAAACUUGCCUUAGGCACCCCGGGAGUGCCAGCGCGCGGGAGAACCGCGACACCGUGUUCUGCCAGAUGCGACGCGCCAUGGACCUCAUCCACUACGUGGUGCGCGACGGGCUGCCCGGCCACGACGACCACUCGCAAGAGUGGACCUUGAAUACGUCUAAAAAGGAAAACCCACAGUUGCAACCUUUCUCGGAUAGUCGUGAACAGGCAGCGCAAUGGGAAGCAGGUACGGCGUUAGGCUCGCUUCGGGGGCUGACGUCACAAGUCCGGGCAGCGCGCGCUCGCGGCGGCGCGGACGCCCCGCGGCGGCGUGCGCUCGCGUCGACGCUGCGCGCGCUGGUGGAGCGCACGCACGACUUCACGGAUUCCGCCUACACGUCGCACAACCACCGGCAGCGGAUACUGGCGCUCGCCGAGCGGAUAGCGUACGAGCUGGAGAGGCUAGUCGCCGUUGCCGUCUCAAUGGAGGAGCAAGGCGCGACGGGCAGCGGCGCGGCGCUAGAGAGCGCGAGCGUAGGCGCAGCUAGCGCGGCGGCCGAGCUCGAGCGAGCGCUCGUGGAGGCGGCGCGGGACCAGGCGCGCGACCUGGGCCCGCUCGCCGACGACGCGAAGAGGCUAGCCUCCGACCUUGCACAUAUAGCUAGUUCCUGUGGUGAGAGAGAAUCAGAGAGACUGCACAAUAUAGCCAGCCGGCUCCACGAACAAUUAGAUCACAUAAUAGAGGUAUGCAAAUUACUUAGGCACAUAGCAAUGUCGGAGACGUUGCAAGUGAGUGCGAAGUUUGCGGAGAUUAAUCUGAGGAUAUACGGGCCACAAGUAGUCACGGCUGCGCGGACACUGGCCGCACACCCAGGCAGCGCAGCGGCGCGGGAGAACCUCGACGUGUUCGUGGACAUGUGGGCGUGGUUGCUAGCGGACGCGGCGCGGCUGGCGCGCGAGUUACUCGACCUGACGGGCGAGAGGCAAGACAAGCAGCAGUAUAGCAGUUUGCCUAGGCCAGGGAAACAUGGGACGACGAGUAAACCGUUAAAAGCAGUUAAAUUAGAUUCUGAAGAACAAGCGAAAAUCGCCAAGUCAGGAUUGGAGAUGAAAAUGAUGUCGUCGGAGAUGGACGCGGAGACUGAGAAGUGGCAGGGGGCUGCUGCCGACGAGAACAACGAUAUUGUGAAGAGGGCAAAAAAUAUGUCUUCCAUGGCCUUCGCUAUGUAUCAGUUUACAAAAGGCGAGGGCCGUUUAAACACUACCCAAGACCUCUUCACGCAAGCGGAGUACUUCGCCGAGGAAGCGAAUAGACUGUAUAAAAUAAUACGACAAUUUUCAUACCAGGUACCAGCAGGUACAACGAAAAAAGAAUUGUUAGAACAACUAGAUAAAGUCCCCACGUACGUGCAGCAACUACAGUUUACAGUAAAAGAGCCGACAGUAGGCCGCGCAGCCACCUUCAGUAAGGUCGACAACGUCAUUCAGGAAACUAAACACCUUAUGAACGUCAUAAGUAAAGUCGUCACUACAUGUUUCGACUGCGCCAACAAGUACAAACUGGACUUCACGGGGCUGACGGCGGGCGAGAGCGUGCGCGGCGGGCGCGGCGCGGCGCGCGACGAGGACCCGACGGGCGGCGGCGGCGGCGACGCCAAGCCGGGGGGCAGCUCGGGCGACACGGCCAUGUGACAGUACGGCAUGGGCCGGCGCGGCAAGGGCGACGCGCGCCGGACCAGGGUCAGCUUCCUCUUGUUUUAAAGACUGCGUCUCUAAAACGAACGUCGCCUACGGUCGGCUGGAUCGCUCUCUUGCGGUUACAUCGCUCUCGUGAAAUAUGAGGGUAGAUUUUGAUGUCGGUGAUAAUUACUAACGAGUUUUUCCGCUUAGAUAUCUCCCUCGAAAUUUUACAUUCGUAAUGUUCGUAUUCAUAGUAGUUUUUCGCUAGAUACUAUCUCUAAUACUCUAUUGUAGUAUUUUCUGAUAUCUUUGAAAUUUAAAGAAUACUUAGAUAAUGUUCUGUAUUUUAUGAAACGCUCUAACCGGAUCUUUGAAGAUCCAGACGAGUGGUGGUAGACUCUACCAGGUAGAGACAGUCGAGCUGAGUAUUAGUCGUACAACGAAGUAUAAACGAAGCGAUGCGUCCGCAAUAUUGUUUGUAUCCUGGAAGAUCACAUGGAUCAGCGUCUACUAUCGAUGUAGCCUUGUAGCGCUGUUUGCAUGUGAUUUUACACUCCGACUCUGAAGGCUGUCAACCGUUUAACAGUAUGUUGACGAUACGAACCGAUAUCGCGACUGUUCGAUGGUUGGCAGCUACACUUAAUGUAAGAUGGACAGUACGAUAAAUUUAAAGUAUUUACUGAAGUAAGUUUUGGCUAAUCACUUGCGACACACAAGCGCGCCCUCUCGCGGACUUGAGAUCUAUUCUCUUCUAGAUAAACUAGGUAGUUAGUACAUAGCAACAAGUAGGUAGCGAGCGCGCUGUCGCGACGCAUUUGGCUGUGCAAAAAUAAUAAUCUACUAAGUAUUGUGUUCUACAGCAAUUUCUAACUGUAUUCGUAGACUAGGGAUCAGGCAUUAAAGAUAUCGACAUUACCUGCAGUUGUUACAAUCGUUACGAAUUUUAUCUUUAUUACUAUUUUGUGAUCGGUAAGAAAAGAGUGAAAUCGUACAAUAAAUACUUGUUAACUACACACUCAUAAAUAAUGUUACACUACCUAGUUAAAUAAAAUACGUAUGUAUACAAUAACACAGAAUAAUAAGUACAAAGUAUUUCCUAUUUAUUUAUGUUUCCCUUUUCUUAAGCUUGUCUAAGUAUGUACCUACCUACCUACCUUUCUUAUAACCUUUUAUCUACCUAAUACUUGCAUUUUAAUCUAUGGUCAUUUUCCUGUAUGUAUUACCUCACACCCCGGAUUGUUUCUCUUACGCUAUUUGUCUUUCCUACUUGCACCCUUCUGCACCUUCCGUGGUCCUGUUGCACACUUUGUUUAUGCACGUUUGGCUUCCUUCAUUACUUUGGCAUCAGAUCAGACGCUCUUCCAAACAUCACGUCAAUGAAUAUUUACAUCUUCAGAACGACACAGCGUCACACGACACUCCUUUUGAUGUUUACGCAUUACUAGCAGUUUCUCUUUCAACGAGUCCGUGUACAUACGUAGGUAUAUUAGUUCGAUUGAUGGCUUCGAUUCUGCGUCGUCCGGAUGGCGACUUUUGCAUGAUUGUGAAGCGGAUCAAAUAGAUGUGUGUUGCAUGUGUGUACGUGAUUAUUGUAUUGAAUGUCGUACUUCAUCUUUCCGACGGGGGAUGUUAAGUAAUAAGAUAAGGGAACUUGACUCUGGUUGCUGAGAAGCAGCACCUACGUCGCCGAAACGCAUGGUGUUAUAUAGACCUUGUCUGCGCAGGUGGCAGCACACGCUGCAUGCUAAGGCACAGAAUACACGUUGACUCAUCUUUGCGCGACUUGCGCGUUGAUAAACCAAUUUGCUUGGUGACUUCGCGCGU